AUGCCCUCCAGCAUUCUUGGCCAUGCAGACUGGCGUGCGCACCGUCAUUGUGAGCUGGAGCCCGACCUGCGUUCCCCUCCAUGUGCGCGCGUCAUUGCAAAUCAGCACAGAGGGCUGGAAGUGUUGGGCAUGAGAACGUGGUCUCUACGCCCGGGGGAGUUGUCGCUGAAGCAGGCCAAAGCAGCUUUUGCUCGGUUGAAACUGGACAAUGCUUAUCCUCUUGCUCGUUUGUCGCAGUGGAAGGCACGGGCAUGGGAGAAGGCUGCAAACGCUGGGCUUUCGGAUGCAGUCUUGGAGACGCAGCUUAAGCUGUACAGCCCUUUCAUUCGGAAGUUGGCUUUGCAUGACCUGUGGCUUCCCCAUCGUUGUGGCCAGGAGGAUUCCACGGUCGUGGGAACGGGUGCUCCACCAAUUCUGGUCGCUGCCAGCCAAAGCAACUCGCGCACGGAUGCCAGCUGCUUUCUUGGGGGUCCUUAUCAUAAGGGUGCCGUACUAUAUUGCCGACCUUGA